UAGGCCCUUUGCUAUCGAAUAUAUAAAUAUAAUGGCGGCACAAGGCCGUAAAAAAAGUUCCAGUCUUGAAGUCCGAGGCCAGGACGUCGUAAAAAAGAAAACCUUGGAACUUACGGAAGAGCGUUUCGCGUCGGAGACACAAGAAAUCACGAAACUGAUAGAUCGCCGGUGAUCUGUUCGCGUCGCAGUUCGAACGUUUCACGAAUAAGGUGAAAAAAUUGAAUUUCGUAUAAGAUGAUGGAAAUUUUAUUAUAUAAAUUCGACAGAGUGACGGUUCAAAGUGUUACAAGAAAAUGUGUUGAGCGCUAAUUUAGGAGGGUUUCUAUAUUGAUGUUUUAAUCCCUUUGGAAAGGUUAUCGUCGGAUGUAUAUCAGAGGCGGUUAUUCGGUUACUGUUUUGUUAUUAUUUCGAUAACUGUGGCAUGCAGGAUGUUUCGUCUACUUGAUUACUGUUUUUGAGCGGGUAUCUUUCUUGAGCGUGUGACAAGCGCAAGGGUCUUCGGCAAGAGAAAAUACUGUUCCCCUACCCCAGAGGCCACCCUAUAAAAGGGAGAAACUAAGAAAGCUCGCGACGGUGAGUGCGGUCAACAGCUCGAGCGUUAGUAACAUUAAUGAACACACUGUAAAAUUAAUAUACCGAGUAUUCCUUUGGCUCCUUUUACGUCUUACGCCUCAAAUUGGUGACUUUGGCGUGAUCUCAAGCGAAGGAGGUGGACGUAUUAAUGUCAUAUAGACGUCAUUUCCACGAAUCACGAAUGUUCGAGAUGGCAAAUGCCGGCGGGAAAGAGCUCGAAAGUGCGAUGAACGCCAUCAACAUUGUGAAAGCACCGAGAAAACUCUGGUUACCGCUAUUUUGGCCGAAAAACGUCACGGGGUGGUUUAUCGUGUUAGAAGCGCAGUUCAGGAAUGCGCGCAUCACGAGUGACGAAAUGAAAUAUAACAUGGUCAUCGCGAAUCUACAGGAACGAUACAUGAAACUAGUCAAGAACAUAGUGCUCAACCCGCCGGCGACGGGACGAUACGAACUGUUGAAGAACGAACUUAUUAAAAGACUGGCUCAUUUGAAUAAGGGAACGCAACGCAGAAAACGGGCUCCGCCAAUACGCGCUAGUGACAUUAAUAAAGACAGUGUUGACCAGGUACUACCUUCGCACCCUUCGCGUCUUACGCCUCAGGUUGAUGACCCCUACACGAUUCUUAACGCUGUGAAAAAGUGUAGGUUAUUCGAGAAAGAACAAAUGGGAAAUCGGACGCCGUCGCAGUUUUAUAAGGCAUUGAAGAGCCUGGCCUUCCCCUCGACUCCGAACGACUUCCUCCUGGCGGCGUGGAAAAUCCGUCUUCCGAUAUACAUGCAGCAAAUCCUGGCCAUCGGGAACGAAACGAACCCAAACGUCGUGAUCAAGAUCGCAGACCGGAUACACGAGAUAACAGCAGAGGCAAGCCGAAUUUCAACGGCAAUCAGACGACGGAACUAAGACUGCGACGGGAUACGAGAUGGGCUAAACCAAUCGUAAGCGGAAAGUAGACACUCAGCAUCGAUAGCCGACGUCCUCCAAAAAGACGUUGAAAACGCCGCCGACCGCGUUCCAGAGAAAGGAUGCAGCACCUGGGCCUAUGUUGCUACCUGCGAAACCUUUCAAAGUUGCGCAACAAAGUGCCGUCCCCCAUGUAGUUGAAAACAAGGAAUUGAACCCGACCUAUGCGUGUACUUGAGCAACAGAUAACGCGGUGUCGCGAACGGAAACGAGUACGAACCUGUAUUUUCGACAAGCCUUCAAGUGACAUUUUGUAGUGGCGAACGUUAACACGCGAAUUUCGAAAGUUUGAGCACACAGAUUGGUCUGUGAUUAAAGAUAGUGUUUCUAUCAGCGUUCAGGCGAGUUUAUAUAUAGUUUAUAUAGAGUUUAUAUAUAGGGUGAUUUUUCGAAUCGUGUUUUAAUUACAAGAAAAGGAACGAGUCCAAAGCUCUUUGUGUGGAUAUUGAAUUGUAGUUAGUGGAAAACAAAUUAAGCGAUCUGAAACAUAUUUCCUGAGAUCAACUAAGCGGAUAAAAAUAAACGCAUAGGACAUCGAAUUUAAUUUGUGCAAACGAAGCCGUCAAAAAGAAAACGCGAUAACAGAGCCACUUAAAUGGAGGAUUAUAAUCGCUCAAAAUACAAACAUACGCAUUAGGAUGUAAUGUCAACAUUUUUCUCCUUUUCACAUAAUAUUUAUCAUCGAAGAAAACAUCAAAUAGAGGGGUCGCUAACAAUGGGUCUAAGGGAAGUAUGACCGAGGGACGGAUUAUGGUUUCUGGUAGGUCCCGGGACCUAACAAUAUUUCAA